UCAGCGCCGAGGGACCGCGACGGACGCCAGCGCUGGCCGCCCCGCCGCCCGCCGCGCCGGGGCCUGAUGGCAGACGAUCAGGGCUGUGGCGUGGAGCAGGCAGCUGGGGACUCAGCAAGCAGAGAUGCAGUUGAUGCUAAGCCAGAUCGGUCUUCCUUUGUGCCAUCACUCUUCAGUAAGAAGAAGAAAAAUGGCUCGGGAAGAUCAGUCACGACCACCCAGGACCGAGUGCCUGCAUAUCAGUAUAACAUGAAUUUCGAGAAGGUGGGCAAAUGCAUCAUAAUAAACAACAAGAACUUCGACAAAAAGACAGGCAUGGGCGUCCGAAACGGAACAGACAAAGAUGCCGAGGCUCUUUUCAAGUGCUUCAGAAACCUGGGUUUUGACGUGGUCGUCUACAAUGACUGCUCUUGUGCCAAAAUGCAAGAUCUGCUGAAACAAGCCUCUGAAGAGGACCACAGAAAUUCGGCUUGUUUCGCCUGCAUCUUACUAAGCCACGGAGAAGAAAAUUUAAUUUAUGGAACAGACGGCGUGACAGCGAUAAAGGACUUGACAGCCCAUUUUAGGGGGGACAGAUGCAAAACUCUUCUAGAGAAACCCAAACUCUUCUUCAUUCAGGCUUGCCGGGGGACCGAGCUCGAUGACGGGGUCCAGGCUGACUCGGGGCCUAUCAAUGACACAGAUGCCAAUCCCCGAUACAAGAUCCCCGUUGAAGCCGACUUUCUCUUCGCCUAUUCUACAGUCCCAGGCUAUUACUCAUGGAGGAACCCGGGCAGCGGGUCCUGGUUUGUGCAGGCCCUGUGCUCCAUCCUGAACGAGCAUGGCAAGAGCCUGGAGAUCCUGCAUAUCCUCACCAGGGUGAACAACAGGGUGGCCAGGCACUUUGAGUCCCAGUCUGAUGACCCCUACUUCCACGAGAAGAAGCAGAUCCCAUGUGUGGUCUCUAUGCUCACCAAGGAACUCUACUUCUGAAAAUAACCAUCCCAGGGAUGCAUUCUAGCCGAAAAGCUACGGAUCAUUUGUUCAUGAGUCUU